CACAGCUAAUGCACCAGAGGAUGAUGCUCCAAAUAGAUAUUCCCGAACAGACAGGACAACUUACAACAGAUACAACAGGGAUACAAAUUCUUCUGGCAGUUCCAUACCAAGUAACGCUUUGGAAAAGAGGAUUGAGGAACUUGAAAGGGAACUUGCAAAGGAGAGACAGGAAAAUGCGAGAUUAGUGAAGAUGACACAGGACAAAGAGGAACUAAUUGGAAAGCUGAAGGAAGAAAUUGAUUUAUUAAACAGGGACCUAGAUGAUAUAGAAGAUGAAAAUGAACAAUUGAAGCAAGAAAAUAAAACCCUCUUAAAAGUUGUUGGACAGCUGACAAGGUAGAAGAUUCAAGCCUCAAUGAGGAAAGAUUUAAAAACUACUGAUUGAACAUUAAGGUCAAUAUAGUAAUAAUUCCUGUGUUGCAGUAUGUUACAAUAACUGU